CAGAACGCAGGGACGCAGGGAAGGACGAGGGACGAGGGAGGGAGGGAAGGGAAGGGGAGGGCAGGGGAGGGAGGGAGGAGGUAGACGAGGAGGACGAGGGGAGAGGUCUGUGUCAGAUCGCGUCGCUGUCUCGUUGCACCGCCUCUGCUGCUGCUGCUCCUUCUUUAUUCGGCACUCUGUCUGUCUGCCUCGUGGCGCGGUGACGUGCGAGAGUCGUUGGCGAACUGCAGCUUCGUUCCGUAGCUUGAUUGGAGAAUCAUCCAUCUCCGGGUCCCCUGCGUCGUGAUUUAUUCUGAAGAAGUGACUGUGCUGGAUCUUGAUUGAUUGUUGUGGCCGUGUUCGGUUUAAUCUUUCCCUCUUGCUUCCUCCUGCGGCCUUGUAUUAAAGCGGAGGUGGAGACCGGGUUUGUGUCUGGUCCCAGGUGGGGAGGAAUUAAAUCAGGUUGCGGAAGCUGGCACUGGAAGCGGAGCGAAGCGUGUUGAAGGGACGAGUAGAAUCAGGCUUGUAAUCGUGUUUUGGAGGGACUGGUCGGUUGGCGUUUCGGAGGAGGGAGAGAAGAGAGGAGGCGAGUGCAGAUUGGCCCAGGUUUUUGUUGGUUGAGUUACCGACUAGUGAAGCCCUCCAUCUGCACGAUCGCGGAAACGUGGUUCGUGUUUAAAAAUUAGUGCUCGGGCUUUUGACAGUUGUCAGAAGUUUGUCUUUGGAGGUCCUAAAAUCCGUUUCCGAGGGAUCGACGAUUGGUCGUAUUUCUGUACUGGAGUAGGCAAGCGACAAGCGUUUGCUGGGUCAUCCUUGACUGCGGAGUGUGUGGCCAGAGGUUCGAGAAGGGGAUUGACUGACCCGUAAAUUGAUACUGUGGUUCCCGGUGUGUGCUCUAAAGUUCUGCCCUGAGCAUUCUUCCGAGGGCUGGUUCGUUUGAAGGACUUGCCACUCGGAUCGGCCUUUUGUAGUUCAGAAAGGCUGCCUAACGACGAAGCUCCGGGCUCUUGAGCGCUCCACAUCAGUAGGAUAGAAUAGUGAUUCUGAGGAUACAGUUCUAUCCACGUACAAAUUCUUCUCUUGGACAUUUCAAUUCCCCUCGGAUCUAAUUGGGUCGUUUUGGUGUAACACUUCCGCGACUCUCAGGCCGAAGCACUCAAAGACAUCUAUCUCCAAUCCGAUUCGGCUUCAGAAAGAAGCCGAUUCCAAGGAGGAAACAACUCUGACCGCGAAGCUCUAGGCUGAAGUAGCCUGAGCGUUGCUGUUUUCCACCCCGCUUGAGCUAUGAGCAGUACGGCUGUCGCGACACCGUUACCUGCAACUCGCGGGGUGUCUGAGAGAACAGGGCUUGCCGAAGCUCCAAAGGAUUCAAGGAGAAGUGAAAGGUCGGCAGGAAAAGGUGCAAUUGGAGAAAUUGUUUGAAUUUGAUGCUUCCGUUAUGCGGUUCUGUGCCACCCUCCCUGUGAGGAUUAAAGGAAGCUCUGCGUGAGCACGAUGCCCCCAGAGUCCGUGGAUGACUCUUACGCGGGGUCAGCGUGUCUCUCAACUUCCGGUCGUACUUUUGCAUGCCUGUGCUGGAAGCUCAAGCCGAAUGAGUAGGAGAAGAAGAGCUGCAGCCGAGCAAAGACGAAUUGAGCAGCAGAGGUGGGGUCAGUACCUUGACGAUGAAGAAGACCCCGUUGUUGUUCCCACUCCGGGUGGUAACAGGAGGCGCAUGCGACGCUCCACAAGGCGAAACUCUGCUCGAGAUGAUUUGGAGGAUUAUUUAGCGGGGAAUUUGGACAGUGAUUUCUCAAAUACUCCCUCUCAUGGCAACGAUGCCACCGAAUUGGAUGUUGCUCUAGCUCUAUCGCUGUCAUUAUCCGAAUCGGCAGCAAGUGGCUCAAAUAUGGGUGUGACGGUCCUUCCAGACAUGUCAUACGAGACCCUUGUGAUGUUGGAGAAUGUCAAAUGUGUUGUGUCAGCAGAGGUUGUUGAGUCGCUGAGAGUAUGUGCUUACAGCGAAAAGGAGCGUCCUGACCACGAGCAAGCAGAAGAGGUAUGUGCCAUCUGCCAGUGCGAUUAUGAGGAUGCGGAUCUUCUUAUCAAGCUCCCUUGUACGCACAAAUUUCAUCAUGGCUGUGGAUCUGAGUGGUUGUUGAAUUACUCCAAGUUAUGCCCAGUUUGUAAGCAUGACGUUACCGAGUAGAUGUCGCAACAACUUUGGUAUAAACUGAGGAUCAUGCUGCGAGAUGUAUUUUAGCACGAGUACUGCUGCCAAAAUUGCAGCAAAUUCUUGCACUCAUCCGCUACAGACAGGAAGUGCCGGUUAAAACGGUCACAUUGGCUGUUUUUGGAACACUGUAUAUAUUUUGCAUGCUUGUGUACAGAGCCAUGACAAGUGGUGUUAGGUCCUCUUAGACACUAAGUUUAUUCCCUGCAGCUCUUCCGAGGAGACCUGCAGCCUCUUGUACAAUAGAGCUGUGGAAACGUGUUUCAUUAAUACCAAAUUCAUUCCUUAGACUCAUCCUGCUACCGUUGAUAGGCUCACAUCCUGCACACCUUAUUGUCAGCGCCUGAUAAGUUGUCUUAGCGAUUUAGAACCGCUCCUUUGUGUAAGGAAUGCUUAUAAUCAAUGGGUCCAGCCCGGUUACUUUUUC